UGAACAAUCGCCCACUCAUCACCUACAACAACAACCACCGCCAAAAUGGUCUACACCCUCGUCGUGCACCUCUACGCCAAAGACGACGCCGAAGCCAUCAAGAAGCUAUCGGCGAAACUCCAGGAAGCCAGUCAGGUUUAUUCCAAAGACAAAGAGACACUCGGAUGGUUCGUCAUGCAAGACCACAAAGAUCCCCGAGCCUUCACCAUCGUCGAGCGCUACGCUCACGAGAGCAGUCAAAAAUACCACCUCGAAAACCCCUACUGGCAAACCUUUGACAAAUACGUGAUCCCGCUGCUGGACCGCGAGAUGGAUUUGCGGAGAUUGAACGAACUCGACACGAGUGAGGAGGUUAAGGUUGAGACGGAUGAGAGUAUGUGGGCGAGUGUGAAGAAGCAUCAGACUUACUAGCUCGGAAAGUACAGGCGGGAAGGUCGAUUGGCUGAGUGACUUUCACGGAUUGAGAGACCGGCCACUUUACGAAUGGUUGAGCGGAAGGUCACUGAAGCAAAAGCGAUAUGGUGCUUAGACAUACU